AUGCACACCCGCCACGCUAAGAGUAUGUGUCUGAGGAGGAGGUGGGUAGUGGAGGGGGGAGACAGGUUGGCAGUUGUUUUGAGUGACAGUUCGACUCAGCAACAUUCCCCGAGUCAACCAAGCAUUUUUUUUUUCUCAUGGAGACCCUUCUUACUGAGUCUGUUUGCAGUGCGUUGUGGGGGCUGCUCUGAGCCCGUCUCCCCCGCUGACCUGGUGAUGCGAGCGGGGGCCGCUGUGUUCCACCUGCGCUGCUUCACCUGCAGCGAGUGUUCCUGCCGCCUGCAGACCGGAGAGCGCUGCGUCCUCAGGGGGGGGCGGCUGCUGUGUGCCAGAGACCACUACCACCAGAGUGAGGCCAGCCCCCCCUCCUCCGACACAGGUCAAAGUGAAGAUGAAGAAGAAGAAGUAGAGGAGGAGUGUGGAAGAGUUACAGGCAGACGAGUGAGAUCAGAAGAUCUGGAGAGCAAACGUCCCAAAAGGCCUCGCACCAUUCUGACCACUCAACAGAGACGGACCUUUAAAGCUUCCUUCGAGGUCUCAUCCAAGCCCUGCCGAAAGGUAAGGGAGACCUUGGCAGCGGAGACGGGUCUGAGCGUCCGGGUGGUGCAGGUCUGGUUCCAGAACCAAAGAGCCAAAAUGAAGAAGCUGGCCAGGAGGCAGCAGCAGCAGCAGGAGCAGCAGCAGACUCAGGAGCCACACGACCACACGUCACAUCACACAGCGCCCUCCUGUGGCAGCCUGACCUCUGAGCUGGAGCACCUGGGCUCCUCCUUCAGUCACAUCCAGCAGCAGCAGAUGGGCCUCACCACCGUGGAGCAGCAGGACUACGACAUGGACCCCUUCAGACAGGGCCUGACCCCUCCUCAGAUGCCCGGGGAUCACAUGCACCCCUACGGUUUUAAGGGUCUGUACGGAGACAUGGACAGAGACGCUCUGUGUCACGUGCCUGACAGCGACUGCCUCUCCCUGGGGGACUCCUCUCUGCUCACCCCCAUCGACCGCCUCUACUCCAUGCAGGACUCUUACUUCACCUCCUGAGGGUGGAGAUCGGACUCAGAGAGAAACGGUGUGUCUCCCUCAUCCCUUUGUUCCCGCACCGUGCACAAGAAAGUAGAAGAAGUGGUUGCAAAAGGGAGACGUGGGUACACUGACACCAUGCAAUAUGCAACGUGCAUGUCCAUUUAAACACGAUUACACCACUGCCUCCAAUGCUUUACAAUCUGUACGACACAUGCAGGCUCCUGUGUAUGCACGACGCGGACCGCUCUGUUUGAUUAUUAACCGCAUCCACUAAUGUAAAUAACUGUUUGUGUGUAUUUAUUCUCACAAUGUGUGUAUGCUGUUUAUCUUGAAUGAAUCAACAAUGAUCAAUAAA